AUGGAAAAGAAACAAUUUAAUGAAACACCUACUGCACCAUACACUAUAGUCACUCAUGACUAUCCUGCUUAUAACUUGACCAAAAUAUUGGAACAAGCUAAGGGUAUAAUCAAGAGCGUGGAGGGGACUCGAGUUGUUACUCCCAUAGGGCAGGAUGAAGAAUUACAAGAACGUGCUGGCACUACAAAUAAUGAUUCACAUCAAUUACGAGAGCUUGUAGAUACGACAUCGAUACUGAUUAAAUAUCUAAAUGAAUCUAUCCAUGAAACACAGCAAUUGAAGUUAAAGAAUAUGAUACUGCAAACUAAUAACGGCUCCCUGGAAUCUCGAUAUGAAGUUGAAGGAAAUCUUCAAAAACAGGAAUUUGAGCGGUUAAAAUGCCAACUGAACCAUGAGAAACAGACAUUACUUGGUAGAUUACAAUUGAAAGAUGAAAAAGUAAGGAAAUAUAAGAAAAAGAUAAGAGACAAGAAUGGAGAAAUAAAUAGGCUAUUGAAGAUCUUACAUGAUAAUUCCAUUAGUGACGCGUCACACCUUUCUGUUAUUGAAACACAAGGAUCAACAACUACAUCAUCAAGGAUUAACACUCCUAAUGGAUCGUUUAGGGUAAAGACAGGAAUGUUGAAAACCUUGGGUGCUCUAGCAACUCAAGUAUUAAAUGAAGGCAACGAAGAUAUUUCAGAAAACCAAACCAUCCUAGAACCGGAAGAUAAAUUUCAUGAUCCUGAUGUAACUGAGCCUGAAAUGUUGAUCUUUUCGCAUAAUACUAAUCCAUCAAUAAGGAUCCUAGCUAGUCAAGGAAAUUCUGGCUUUGAAAAUGCUAAUGAGGGGGACCUACCUCCAGAGACAAGCGAAACCAUCGUGAAGGUUACUUCCAUGAAGCAAUUACCAAAACUAAGAACUUUUAACGCUAUCAACAACGACCUGAAAGAUGUAGUUUGA